AGGUAACGAGUGUCUUUGAUUACUCACUGGGAAGUCUUGGCGUAUUAAUUUGUAACCAAAUGAUUUCAGCAAUAAACUAUUUUUUAUUUUAAUUUUUGAAGUCAAACUAAGAACCUCCUUUUUUGAAGUUAGUUAUUGAUAUCGACAUAUCGGCCUGUCACGUUACACAUCACCACCGUAAACAGACCUCUGUUAAAUAAGCUUUAUAAUUUAUCCCAGCCUCUCCGUCUAUGUAGAUUGAGCACUGAAGCACCAAAGAGUAAGAUAGUAAGGAUCCCCUGCGAUAAGCUAUAGAUAAUGUAUAUGAAUCAAGCAGCAGUAAAUUCAAAAGCAGUUUCAGUAAAAAAGGUUUUAUAUUUUUUAUUUUUAUGUUUGUGACUUUACCCAUUGAUUUUAUACUUAAUAUAUUUUCCUAAGUGCCGUUUAAUCUAAAAUAGAUUAUACAAAAGUAAUCGUCUCCAUAAACAAUUGUGCGUUUUAAUAUUAUUUUAUAAAUAUGGCUUUCCAAAGGAAACAUUCAAAGCGUAAAAGUAUUCAAUAUAGCGACCCUGGAAAAAUUUUAGAUUUAGUAAUGAAUCUUAAUGAUGAUACAUGUGCACAAUCACAAAUAAAAAUAAAUGCAUACGUAAGACUCUUAUAUAACAAAUUGUAUUGUGUAAAAAUUUUGAUAGCCUUUAUAUUGGCUUUUCUUACAUUCAUCUUGUGUUUUCAGUUAGCGGAAGAAUGCGAUGCUGAAUUGGUACUGCUAAUAAUAAUUAACGGAGAUCGUAUGGAAGCCUAUAUAGAAGCAGUGGGAACAACUGUUCUAUUGCGUAAACGUAAAAUUGAUGUGAGAUUUUUUAGAAAAAUAAAUUUUAAAUUAAGUCGGUAAAACAUAUGCGGUA